GUGCGCGCCAAUCCUCUCCUUGUCUGACUGGGCGCCUUGGAGACGCGGGCGAUUUCUUUCAUCACGAGAGCAAAGAGCGACCGAUCUCGUACAGUGAGAUCUCGCCUUCUAGCCGGGAGAUCGCCACGCGAUACAUCUCACGUGCCAUUUGUUUACAUCGGAGCGGGGGAUGGUGAAGAACCGGCGUCCACAUCGUGUUCUCGUCUCUUCUCUCUUUCACUGAUCUCAACGCAAAGUUCAACGAGGCCGCGUUGGGGACCAUGCAGGAGCCAGAAAAGGCUCAACAUGAAGGCAUGGCUGAGGGAGACGAGGCUCUAGGUCAGACGCCGGUGCAAAGCGAGGAUGUCGAGUCGGCUCAACAGCCGAGUCUCGUGAAUGGUGUUGAAGCGAAGGACGUCGAGGUGGAGAGGAGUGGGGAAGACGGUGUUAGUGAAGGACUGCAGGAGGACGAUAGGGACGACAAGAAGGUGGCUAGUUCGAGAGGUAGAGUACCGCAUAGAAGAUAUCUAACAUCUGGAAGACAGACUAGGACCUUCUACAAUACGAGAGUUGGACGGCCUGCUGGACCGAUCAACCCAGCCGCAUGGCAGCAGCAGCAAGCAUGGCAAUCAUAUAUUCACAAUCAGCGUUAUGCAAACGCAUACAUGUCACAAUAUGGGUAUGCAAAUCCUUAUACUACUACCAGUUGGUAUCGUGGUGAUUUUCGUCCGUCUUCUGUUGGGUCUCCUCAUGGUCUUCAUCUUGUUAGUCGCUCACAGCCUCAACAGGAGCAACUUAGUGCAACUAAUAUUUACAUACGUGCUCUUGCACCAGACACAAAGGAUGAGGAUCUAGAAGAGUUGUGUAGAGAGUAUGGAGAAAUAUCUAGUGUAAAGGCAAUUAUUGAUAAGAACUCAGGAGAUUGUAAAGGAUAUGGUUUUGUUGAUUUUGUAUCACAUGAUGAUGCUAAGAGAGCUGUAGAGCAGUUAAAACGCCGUAGUUUGCAAGCUCAAUUUGCUAAACUUACUGCUAAUGACCCACAGUGGAAACGACAGCAGGAAGCUGACCCUACGAAUCUGUAUUUACAGAAUUUACCCAAGACUUUGGAUGAAAAGCAAUUGGAACAGAUGUUAACUCCAUAUGGUAAAGUUGUGUCAACAAGAAUCAUGAAAGAUCCUAUGACUAACCUUAGUAAAGGUGUUGGAUUUGCACGAAUGAGUGCAAAAGAACAAUGUGAUGAGAUCAUCAAGAAAUUCAAUGGCACAACUCUUGCUGGUGCUGACCAGCCUCUUGUUUGUAAGUUUGCCGAAGCGGCGUCAAACAAGCGUCGAUUCCACACGACUCCGAUGGAUCACAGACGGUUGAGUGGUGAUGCAGAGCUACUGAACGAGCAUCAGAGAAUCGGUCACCAACGAACGUUAGGUAAUACAAUGAUGCCUGGUCAGUAUGUGCAAGGCAUUCCAUCUCCACAAGGAUCGUAUCAUAUGGCACAUGCUCAACCAAACUGGAUGCAGACACAGCAAGGAUACAUUGUACAGCCUGCUGUGCAAUCGCCGACAGUUACAGUCGCCAAUCAUCAGUCUAUGGAUCAGAAUGUACACUACACGAAUAUCGUCCCUCACCUCACCAGCCAAAUGCAGCAUAUGCAUCUGUCCUCUCACUCUAUUCCUCAGCAACAGCAGCACCAGUCGCCGUACGUUGCUACUCAACUACAGCAUCCACCGCAACAGUCACAGUGGGCUCUUUCACAUCACCAAGGACCACUAAUGCACUUGCAAACAGAGGAUGGUGUUGGCCUUGUUCAUUCUUCCUCGGAUGCUUCCCCUGACCUUCCAUUGAGUAUGACACUUACUCCUCAGCAACACACUGGACAGACGUUGUUAUCCCCUACUGACCACAUGUCACCCCAACUGUUGAGCCAUGAAGAUCACCUACAGCUUCCAAAUUUUAACUACAGUGGUCAUCAUGCAGCUUGGCCAACCUCUUGAUGUAUUAUGUAUUGUCUUGAUUGGAUUAUGGAGAGAUGGGAGAGACAUGUCAGUGAGUGAUGCGAUAUUCAGAGAAUGAGAACUGUGUGGUUUAAUUAAUAUUAGCAACUUCUCAGAUGAGAGAACUAAUUUUUGAAUGGUGAGAUGUGAAUUCCCGAUUAAUAUGUGUAGAGUCCUUGUGAAAAUGUCCCAAGCUUAGUUGUGAGUAGUGUGAAUAGUGAUACUCCUGCUGUGUUGUUUUAUGCCUAGAGACUCAACACUCUAGUUUCUGCUAGUUUUGUACCCGUCAAGAUUUUAAGGAGUCUAUUUUUCGUGUGAAGCCACCCAACCCAAAUACACCAGGUCUACUAUCCUGCUGA